AGGGUUUGAAGGAGGGCAGAGUGGACAUGAUUAAGUGUGGUUCUUGUGGGUUUCUGUGUGUGUGGCGGUGGUCAACAGAAGAACCUGRGGCCAGGGGGGGUCUGAGUGCUGGUUUCUGCCCAAGCUGAACUUUGAAGACAGACGUCCGAGUCAGAGAGUUUGUCAGCGUGAAGCAGAGCUCGUUGCCAGCAGGAGUCCACUCUCCUUGUCCAUUCAAGGACAUUGCUCUGGGCACUGGGAUCAGCGCUGGGCCGAGGCCCGUCUGUGGGAGAACACAGCGGCCUCAUGGACCCUCCAACACACGAAGAGCUUCACCGCAGGAGACACAUGAGCUGACAUGGUCCAUUUCUCCAGUAAAUACCUGACCUCACACAGCCAUGGGAGACUGGAACCUGCUGGGAAAGCUUCUGGAAAAAGCCCAGGAGCACUCCACCGUGGUGGGGAAGGUGUGGCUCACCGUCCUCUUCAUCUUCCGCAUCCUGAUCCUGAGCGCCGCCACCGAGAAGGUGUGGGGCGACGAGCAGUCGGGCUUCACCUGCGACACCAAGCAGCCCGGUUGCGAGAACGUGUGCUACGACAUCACCUUCCCCAUCUCCCACGUCCGGUUCUGGGUGCUGCAGAUCAUCUUUGUGUCCACGCCCACCCUCAUCUACCUGGGGCACAUUCUCCACCUGGUGCGGAUGGAGGAGAAGCAGAAAGAGAAGGAGAAAGAGCGAGAGCUUCACCCGGAACACCAGGCCUUGAUGAUGAACCCUCACCACAAGAAGGCUCUCAUACGAGACGAGAAAGGACGAGUUCGCCUGCAGGGGGAGCUCCUGCGCACCUAUGUCUUCAAUGUGAUCUUUAAGACGCUCUUUGAGGUGGGCUUUAUUGUAGCCCAGUACCUCUUAUAUGGUUUUGAGCUUAAACCCAUGUAUACGUGUGACAGACCACCAUGUCCCAACAUAGUGAACUGCUACAUAUCCCGCCCAACCGAGAAAACGAUCUUCAUCAUCUUCAUGCUCGGUGUGGCCAGCGUGUCGCUGCUCCUCAACCUGGUGGAGAUCUACCACCUGGGCUUCACAAAGUGCCGCCAAGGCAUCACCUUCAGGAGGAGCCGACAGGCCCUCGAAACCAUCUCCAAAGAUCCCAGCGUGACCGCGGUGCCCCUCGUGCCGAGCUACGAGGAUUACUUCCAGGGGCACCACCAAGCCCAGCCGGCCUACCCGCCUGUGCCCAGCUACAGCCUGUCCCCUCUCUCUGAGGGGACAGACUCUUCCUUCCACCCGUACCACAGCAAGGCGGCGUACAAACAGAAUAAGGACAACCUGGCAGUGGAGAGGAGCAGCAGCAAGCCAGAGGAAAGCGACCUGAAAGGGAAGAAAGGAGCAGGAUCGGCCCCUGGGUCUCCGACGCAGACGAGGCCCGGCCACGGUGCCAAACACAGCAGCAGCAAGACGAGAAUAGACGAUCUGAAGAUAUGAGAAGGUUUUAUGUUCCUUGGGAGGCUCUUAAAYUGCCGUUCGAGGAUCGUAUGCUGUUUGGACGCUGUACACGCUGAACUCGCCCGUCUUUUGAAGAAGGCUCAGGUUUGACUCAUUCCAGCGUAGAGCGGAGUUGCAUUUCAGAUGCAAGUGUACUGUGACAUGGAAGCACAUAAGUGAAUUAUCUUCUGAAAAUCUUUUCUAACUGGCUGUUUUGUUAUCCUUUAGUGAAGCUGUCCUGUUUAGAAAUCAUCAUUGGAUUUCAGUUCAGUCAAAAGCACAUGUAGUUUUGGAACAGCAAUUAUUAAAACACAACACUGAUUAGUUUUGGUGAUUUGGGCGAAUGGGAAACUGUGGUUCAUUAAAGGGUCUCAUCAG